UUUCACUACUUCAGUUCUGAAGCUAAUCCCAACUCACUCAAAAUGGCUCAUCAGCUUCACUUCGUUAUACUUCCUCUCAUGAAUCAAGGCCAUAUGAUACCCAUUGUUGAUAUUGCCCGAAUACUAGCCCACCGUGGCGCCGCCGUCACCAUAGUCACCACUCCGCUUACUGCCGCCCGAUUUCGAUCAGUUAUUUCCCGAGCAAUCCAAGCCAAACUCAAGAUCCAACUACUUGAGCUCCAGCUCCCAUUAGCCGAAGUUGGUUUGCCGGAAGGCUCAGAAAACUUUGAACAGAUUCCGUCGUCGGAGGUCAUGGUCAAGAUCUUUGCCGCCAUGGACUUGUUAGAACAACCGGUGGAGGAUCUGCUCAGGCGACUAUCUCCUCCUCCAGCUUGCAUAAUCUCAGACCCUCCUUUCCAUUGGACUACAGAUAUGGCUCGACGGUUUAACAUCCAGCGGCUCGUGUUCCAUGGACCCGGAUGCUUCUGGCUCUUAUGCAAACACAUUGUGGCCAAAACCAACAUCUUGGAUCGGAUCGAAUCGGACUCGGAGAAGUUCGUUCUGCCUGGUUUGCCUGACCGAGUUGAACUCACUAAACUUAAGGUUUCCGGUACCUCCGAAACUAGAUCACCUGAAGAGAUAGCGAUCCGCGAGCGUUUUCAAGAAGCGGAGGAAGAUGCAUACGGGAUCGUGGUUCAUAGUUUCGACGAGUUGGAACCUAAAUAUGUUAAAGAAUUGGCAAAGGCCAAAAACAAGAAAAUAUGGUGUGUUGGCCCAGUUUCUUUAUAUAACAAAGGUGAUAUGGAUAUAGCCGAGAGAGGAAACAAGGCUGCGAUCAACGAGCAUGACUGCUUGAAAUGGCUCGAUGCAAAGGAACCAGGGUCCGUGGUCUAUGUUGGGCUGGGAAGUCUUACGCGUAUGUCUACAGAACAAGCCAUUGAGCUCGGACUAGGACUCGAGUCCACCAACCGACCGUUCAUAUGGUGCAUAAGAACUAAAACCCAAGAACUAAAGAAAUGGUUUAUAGGGUUCGAAGAACGGGUUAGAGACCGAGGGUUGAUCGUCCAUGGCUGGGCACCACAAGUCUUGAUACUGUCACACCGGUCCGUUGGAGUUUACUUAACACAUUGUGGAUGGAAUUCGAUUCUAGAAUCCAUCUGUACUGGGGUGCCGAUGGUUACAUGGCCACAUUUUGCAGAUCAGUUUCUUAAUGAAACGUUCAUUGUAGAAAUUCUGAAGAUUGGAGUUAGGAUUGGUGUAGAGGUUCCUGUUUCUCUCGAAGAAAAAAUUGGAGUGAUGGUGAAGAAGGAUGACGUCAAGAUAGCAGUUGAAUGCUUAAUGGAUGAAGGUGAAGAAGGAAACCAGAAAAGGAGAAGGGCCAGCGAGGUUGCAGAAAUGGCGAAGAAAGCAAUGGAAGAAGGUGGGUCUUCUUAUCUUAACGUGUCUUCGUUGAUUCGAGAUAUUAGUGAAGGGUUAACGGAGAAGUCGGCAGUCGGAACACCUUCGCCGCCGUGAAAACCAAGCUCGGCAACCACAACACCCAGACUGCUGCUACGAUGACAACAUGAACCGAAGCAAUCAAAUGCUUGAUUUCUUCCAAAUCAACAAUAAAAAACAAAGUUUUAGAGGUGGGGACCGGAAAAUGGAAGGUCACGGUGGUGAUGGCGGUUUCAAUGGUGG